UAAUCAGCAAAAACGAAACUUAGCAAUACUUAGCAACAUACAUACUAGCAUAUGGGAUCGGAUUAUUAUGAUUUUAUUUUCAUACUUAUAAAUAGAGUGUCUUGGUAAGUAUUAUAAUCAACUUAUUGAUUAAUUGUGAAGACUAAGACUGGGGAAUUUAAAAUUUUUUGAAUAUAUGACUUAUUAUCACUGGGUCCUAUUCAACGUUUGAUAUUUUGAGAUAUAUUUUCUUAUUUGUGAACGGCGGAAGUGAAUGUUUCCAUCAUAUAGUAGAAGGACGUAAUCGGUUGCGCGUGCGUAAGUAGUAUUGUCUUCUUGGUGCGUAAGUAUUUUCAAAGACUAUUAAUAUCAUAGAUUUGACUCAGUUACCAGUUGAUAUUUUUAUUAUAAUUGAUGUCAUUAAGAGCUUUUCAUAAAUAGGAAAGUUUGGCUGACCUGAGGAUAGUUCGACUCUUUGCCACAAGGGCGUGAAAAUGAAGACAAUCCACAAGUAGACAAACGCGAACCCAAAAUUAAAUGACAAGCUUAUUAUAACAGAAAUAUAAUAGACAUAAAUGUAGUCAGGCUGUGCGAAAAAUGUUUUCUCUGGUAUCCCCAAUUUUAGGAAUUCAGCAAUGGAGUAAUUCAAAACAGUUAAGCUUUAGUGGGACUGCAAGAGCUCAAAGAAUAUCUUACACGCGUAAUGUAUUUUUCAGAUUUUUUAACGUGCGUGUGUGUGUGUUAAUAAUAUAGAAUGUAGAAAUAGAAUGUAAAGUUUCAAUCUAUUACAUUUUACUGUGUGCGGUGAAAUUUAAUUUGCGACAAAGAAAACAGAAUGAAGGUCGUUUUGAUAUUAUUGGCAAUAUUGCAUGCCACGUCAUACGCAACUACUAACGCUCUAGUAUGUAAUGAGGGUUUCAACGUUUCAUUGGGAGGAAUUCCACUUUAUCACUGGUCUGAACGAAACUGUACGAGUUUUAGUAAAUGCUUUGGACAAAAUUUGAAAACCAGGAUUUCCGCACUUGGAAAUGUGGAGUUAAGAUAUGGCGCGUGUAUUACAAGCUCUUAUGCCAACCUGCUGAAUUGUGAAGAUAUGUUUGGACCAGAAAGUACCGUUGACCCUUCUCAGCUAUUAAAUUUGGUUCCAGACAUUGAGAAACGCUUCACUGAUUUAUAUCUGGAUUUUGUUUAUGGAGGAAUAAAUGAAUUCACAAAAUUAUUGUCAAGAGGGGAGAAUAUAGAUGAAUUUUUAUCGGGUUUUGUCAAGUUUAUGGAAUACAUUGGUUUCAACAUGACCAAGUUUCAGCCUUUACAACCAUCUUUGGGCAAAUUGAUUACUGCGCUUUUCAAUGCGUCGGAUAGAGUAACAAUGAAUUCAACAGCAUACGAUUUUUUCCUUAAAUUAAGCAAUCUUGACACGGACAACGCGAGAUUUUCUCGUAACAUUUUCAAGUUUAUGGAGAAUUUUUUCCCUAAAGAAUACUACAUAUUGGUUAAAAAAGAUAUUAUUGUAAAAAAUUCCGUCGAGAAAGUUCCAGGACUAUUAGAAUCAAUGUUCCCAACUAACUCAAAUCUAUCAUUAUGGUAUUAUGUGAUUUUUGAUGUUUUAGGAAACAUUAACAUCACCCAUCCAAAGAAAAGUGUAGCAGAUUCCAUAUCGAUCAUAAGAUCAGCCUACAAUAUUCCUGAAGAAGUGACAAAAGUCAUAGAUCCAGUAUUAAACGCUUUACCAGAUUUAUUUCAUCAAUUGUCUUAUCCAAAUUCCACUUCUCUCAUCACUUGGUAUCUUGACUUGUUGGAAGCCUACACUCAAAGGAAUAAUGCGACCGAAGCUUUGGGGGUAGCACUUACAAAUUUCAUCAGCAAAGCCGCUCAUUGGACAAUACCGUAUGAACUUAAAACUACACUAGAGUGGAUGCCAGGUUUUUUCUAUAAAUAUGUUCCAUCGGAUAAAUUGCUUCUAGAAAAGACGUAUCGCAAAAUAGAAAACGGGCUCAAAUCAUUCAACUUCAGUAAUCUGGAUGACACAGCUAAACCUACAAAAUUGAGUAACUUUGUCCUGAGCUUUGCACGAGUAAUAGGAAAUGGCUUCUUUAAUACAACAAGAGAACGUGCAUAUGUUAUUAACUUAUCAGCAAUGUUUUAUGACAUAUUUUCUAAUUAUACGACUCAGUUAGAUGAUUUCUUUCAAAUUCUCACUGAUGGAUUUCAGCAUUUUCCGAAUUUUGAUGCCGGGAAAAUUAUUUCAAAUUUAACUAUCGCAAUGGGUGGACAAAUUCCUCAAGAAGUUCAGCCAUUUCUGGAUAAUCUACAAUUUGUCAUAAAUAAGACUUUCUUUGAAAAAUCUAUCAAUGCAACAUAUAUAGUCAAAUCUUACAGUACGUUCAUCAAAGCAUAUACAAAAUCUUUUCCUGAUUCCGAAUUUCCUUCUAUUUUUCAAAAUCUUAUCGACAGUCUGGUGAACAUUUUAUUGCCAAUCCAAUCUCAGUCAAAUCAUGAGUACAUGAAAAUUCUUACUUUGAGGGUGUUAUACUUCACGAUAGACGUAGAUUUUGCGUUGUUCAAAAUUUACAACAUUAGCACUUCAAUUUAUAAAACCCCAUCUCCUAGUUCACAGGACCAUGGAUUGUACCUUCGUUUAAUGUCGGUAAUGGACCCGAAUGACGUUAAGCAACUCGCCAAAGAAAUCGUUGAAUGGAGUUAUAAUUUUAGUUCAACAGCACCUAGCCUCACUUCAUUUGUCGAUGCGACCCGCCCCUCUAUCAGUGCUAUCACAUCGAAAUUUACCAAAACCGUCAUUCGAGAUUUUCGGAGUAUAUUUUCUCCCGAUAUUUGUAAAUUUGGUGUCUGUAACUCCGAUUUGUGUAACACUCACACAUACAUUGACGAGCAAAAUGAGUUUAUCAAACCCACGCAGCCAACUACAACAACAAGUUUACAAUCUACAACAGUACUCGUCACAAAAAGUCCUCAGUUAAAAUCAUACUGCUUUCAAACGACUAUUCAAUCCUUGAAUUAUUCUACAAUGGUAUACACUUUUCCAACUACUGAAGGAAAUACACCGUCCCGUUCUCUAGAGACUUGUGCAAAUUCUAAUUACUCCGCUACCGUAAAAUGCAUCGCCACGAAUAGAAGUUCAUCGGGUUCGUUCGACAUCAAGACAUUAGAAGAGUACGCCUGCGAAGUUGACGUAAACAGUCUAAUUGAAACGGCUAAAAUGCCGGGCCUCACAUCUGCUCGUCUGGAGUCAACUAUGGGCGAACUCAGUUCUCUAUCUUCGAAACAAACAAGCAAAAGUAUCAAAGAAACAAUUCAAGUCCUGGAUGUCUUGAAGGAAGCUACGAAGAAUGACAACAUUAAUAUUACUGAAGAAGCUAUGGUGUCCUUAUUAUGGAUCAUGGAUGAUAUACACAGUACCGUGGAACACCAAAAACCCGGUGAUCAAUUUGAGGUUUUGCAAAAUGAAAAACUGUUGCUUUUGGAAACGUUGGAAGUUUAUGGCUCAAAUCUAGUACUAGUUGAUGAAGUGUUUACAAAAAUGUCAGAAACUAAUCUGUUUCAGGCUCAAAAGAUCAACUUUUUAACUGAUAACCCAAUUGUCUUCCAUGGUACAAUAUCAAACAACGGCACCUUCCAACCAAGUGCCAAAUCCUUCAUUCCAAAAUCUGCUAUACCAAACGGUGUAGAAAAGAAAAAUGCAGUGUUUUAUUUGCACAAAGACGCUACGCUGUUUCCAACCCCGUCUAAAGAUAAUAUAAAAGUUAAUCAAGUACUGAGUUCACAAAUUUCAAAAUCAACACUUAGAGAUUUAAAGGAACCUGUUAUGCACUCAUUCACUCUGCCUUUGAAGAAUUUUGGAUCCAAGAAGAAUUUCAUCACGCAAAGAUGCUCUUAUUUGAAUCUUUCGACAGGCGUUUGGGAGUUUAAUGGUUGCAAAACAAUAAUUAUAAAUUCAAAUAUUACAUCUUGCACUUGUGAUCAUAUGACGAACUUUGCAGUACUCGUGCAAACACACGAUGUGAUGUCUAGCUAUGCAAUUCAAAUUGUCGGAUAUAUCGGCUGUUCUUGCUCAAGUGUUGCUUUAAUUCUUGUACUGAUUAUAUAUCUGGGUUUCCAGAAACUUCGCAGCAAUCAAGUCAAUCAAAUUUUAAUUCAUCUCAGCGCUUGCCUGCUUGUUGGAUAUUUGACCUUUCUCAUUGGUGUAGAACGACCACGUGACUAUAUUUCUUGCAUGGCUGUCGGUGCCAUUUUACAAUUUUCAUUUUUAUCAGCAUGGGGAUGGAUGUUUUCUGAAUGCGUGACAAUGUACAAAAAACUUGUGACAGUAUUUAAUAAUAUGUCCAAAAAUUACGUCAUCAAAACAGCAGCUAUUGUUUACAUCGUGGCGUUCAUCAUAACUAUGGCAACUUCAAUAAUAGCAUAUGUUAUUGGAGAUUCUGAAGAGUACGAAGACUGGGAAUUGGAUACCGAUAACGAUCCUUUGUUCUAUCCAUCCUACUACGUCAGUGAUCGUCUGUGUUGGUUGCAUGGGUAUUCUCUGUACUUUGGUUUCCUGACUCCUGUUGCCUUCGCUUUUGUUGCAAAUUUAUUUGGAUUUAUCAGAAUCCUACGAGUGUUGGCAAAACCUAAUCCUAAGAUUCGUUCCACAAAGGUUGAGAAAGAUAUGAAAGAUCACGCACUGCGAAUAUUGACAGUUUCUAUUUUACUGGGUGUCACAUGGGUAUUCGCUAUUCCAAUGACGAUGACAGAUGACGAAACGCUCAAUGAAAUAUUUAGUUGGCUGUUUUCAAUCGCGAACGCAUUCCAGGGCGUCUUUAUCUUCGUACUGUUUUGCGUCAGACGUGAAGACGUUCGCCAAAUGUGGAUGGAGAUACUCCCUUGUACCGGUCAAAGUUCAUCAGAUUAUUCUCAAUCAUUACAUACCGUGUCUAUAUCGACAUCUCAUGGAACUUUGCAGAAAACUGACUUGACAUCAAUGGUGGAAGAACCAAAUACUGUUGAGGAAAAGGAGCAUGGCACAAUCGUAUAACAAUCAAAAGGAUUUUUUUCAUGGAGUUAGAUCCUCAUAUACUUGUACCCCAAAAUGAACUGCAGUGUAUAAAGCUUUAUUUUAUACCUAUUGUUAAAUAUGCAUGAUUAUCUAUUAAAUCGUGCAACAGAUAAUUCUCAGAUAAAUCAGUAGACAAUGUUAUAAACAAAUAGCCAACUACACUGUAAUAAUGAAGGGUAGGCUAUACCGAAAUCGGCCACGCAUUUUCAGACUUGUCCGUGGCAAAGACUGUAAAUUUCAUAAAGAUUAAUCCUUUGAAAACUUACUGUUUCAAAGUUCCAGAGACAUGGUUUAACAUGGUUUAUUUCUAGUAUUAAGAUUUGAUACUGUUAUAUUAUGUUUAUUUCCUUUUACAAAUAUAUAUUACCAGAAUUAUAAUUACAAUCGACGGUAUAUAUGAAUUUUUAAAUUGUAUUCUUUUACUGGCAAACUGUUAAAUAAUGAGAAUGUUGUAAUAUUUAGGUUUGAUUAAACCACAGAGUCUUUUCGCACCCAAAAUAUAUUAAGUGUCUUAUUGCACUUUUUAUUCGAUUUGUGAUUCUAUGCAUAUUUUGUAUGAACGACGUAUUUUUUUCUAUUAUUCCGAAGACUUUUGAUGUCAUAGCUUGUCAGGGAGCUUAUAUGACUUUCUCCAAAGUAAGCUAUUAGGCCGCCAUACAGAUUGAUUCAUUUCAAAAAACUGUUAACAAUUUAUUAUGUUGGGUAUUGCUAAUUGUGUGUGGGUUUCGGUGCAAUAACAAAAGACAAAAAAAUACUAUGGACCUCUAUAGAUAAUAUAGUUUUUGCUUCGUUUUUUUCUUUCUUAUAUUUUUAUCUGUAUUAGUUGUAGUGAUAUCGUGAUAAACUUUGUGAAAAUGCAACAUUUUUUCAAACUAUUGGCCUUCGUUGACAUUGUAUAUAAAGCAACUGGAUUACAAUUAAAUGCAAUUGGGUUUGUUGUAUUUUUCGAUAUCAAUUUAAGGCUGUCGGAAAUGAAUGCAAUUUCCAGAUCAAUCAUAAUUGCUACUAUUUCCGUAGUGCGUGCAACUAUAUCUGUAAACUGCAUUUUGAUGUUCGGAUACGUAUUUGCGGUUCCCAUGGCUUGAUAUGUUGAGAAUACGCUGUGUGAUGUAUAGCGUUUAGAAUUUCUCAUUUCCAAUGAAGUAAUAUUCAGCAGCUUAUGAAUCCGAAAACUUUUUAUCCAUAAAUGUUGAUAAUAAUAUAUGGAACAGGCUUGAGGGAAUCUUGAGAUAAUGCAUAUAGGAAUAAACAGAAGCUUAUUUUGUUAGAUAAUUGUAUUCCCACACAUUGUGCUAUUACUUAUUAAAUUUUGAUAAA